UUAUAUUGUUUAUGAAACGGAAUCACAGUAGAGACGGUAAAACUAUGAGAACUGAUCGAGGACAAACAAGAGAUAUGCGAAACUUGGAGGGGCUUUAAGGAUGAACUGCAUCAAACAGAGUGACCGAAAACAAGGAAAAGCUCAAGUAUUGUACGAGAAAUGAUGGAAACAGUGAAAAUCAGUGAAGCAGACAAAUGACAAAACAGCUAUGGCUUCAAGGCAUGGAUAAUCAUGCAAAACUAAGUUAACAAUUGAAUAAGAUUGUAUUUGCAAUUGCGGUGAAGAGAGAACUGUAGGAUUUGAAUGCAUGGCUACAGAACAAUGUAAAUUUAGAUAGUUCAAGAGAAAGGCGAAAAACAUCGAUGUAGCUAAAUACGUGAGAUUCUUACAAGCAAUUGGAUAUGCCUCAAGAUACCUAUGAAAAAGUAGACGACGAAGGAAAAGCAACAAAUUGUUUAUUGAUAGAAGAUGACCAUAUUUUUUGAGCAGACUUUCAACUUUUGGGCCGAAGGACCAGCGAACAUCUGACAACCGGACGUUUGAAUUCCUCGUUUAAAAAACGCGAAUACGCAACAGUUAUAUUCGAAAAGCACAUCAACUGGGGAUAGCUGAUUGUCAGAAGCGAGAAAGAACUUCAAUUGGGUUGGACUUUUAGGUAGUUUUAGUGUCUCGUUCAACGCGAUAAAAGUGGAUUUAACAGAUUGCAUAAAAGCCAGGCUGGAGUGACAAUCCAUCUCCGCUACACGCAGAAACGGAGGUUUUGUUUGUACCAUUAAAAACUGAGAUUUCAUAUGUAUUGAGAUGGUAGAACGUUCACGAAUUUGAGAAAGCAACGGUUCGCCUCUGCACUGGAAUGUCAGGGUUGACACUCGCCGCAUGGAAAAGGCUGAUCGCUGCAAAUAUUCUAAAGACUUUGUCGUGAAAAUUGCGCCAUUAAUCAUGAUGAAAAACACCAGCGUUCAGAAUGAAAUGUUGCUUAGCAACGCAGAGAAAAGCGGAAUAAUCAGCAUUAUCAUUAUUAUUUUCACGUUUGGGUCUUUUGCCAAUGUUGCCAUUUGCUUUGUCUACAGAAGGGUACAGCUUUUACAAAAACUCCCUAGUGUACUGAUCAUUAACCUUGCUGUUUGUGACCUGUUAAUGUGCCUAAAUACAGGCUUCAUGAUUCAUGGAUUAUAUUCUGGCUCCACAGGACCAAGUAGACUUCUUUGUGACAUAUCUGGAUACAUCAAAUUCGUCCUGACAUUUUCUUCAUUUGCUUUCGUGAUGCUGAUAAUGGUAAAGCGGUAUUGCUAUGUUGCACUAUACGACAGCGAUAAGUGCAAAAACGUCAAACUUGCAAUGGCCGCUAUAUGGCUCUACCACAUGAUUCUUGGCUUGGCACCAAUAUUAGGCUGGUCUCGCUUCACUUUCUCGCCUGGCAAAUUGGCAUGUACUUGUCGCAUCAGGACCAGUUUGUCGUUCUCGAUAGUUGUAGCUGUAACAUCAAUGGUCGGGCCAUUAUUCGUUCUCUUGUUUUGUUCGGUGCGCAUCUUCCAAAAAUUACGGCAGACGAGAACCUUCUUUGCACAAGGAUCACUGAAUCAAAGUCAGCGCAAAAGAGACGAAAUACGAGGCACCAUUAUUUUGUUUAGCGUAAUAUUUAACUACUUUAUAUGCGCUGUCCCUUUUAUAGUUGUCAACCUGAUGGAGAUUUUUGAUAGUGAUUUUGUCAUACCUAUACGGCUGGAUAUAGCAACCGCAAUUAUAACCCAGUUCAUGCCAGCUAUUAACCCAGUCAUAUUUGGGUUUGGCAAUGAGAGAUUUCGAAAAGCUUUUUUAAAGCUGAUUUGCCGCAGUCGGAGCAGGAAGAUCAGACCGGCGGUGAAGAUCAAAGAAAACACACAAACAAUUGGUGGAUCUUAGGCAGUGCCGAGGAGGUGCGCUAAGCAGGAGCCUGUGUACUGAACAACGGAAUCGAAAUGGAUAUACUAGGAGAAUUGUGAACAACAGAGAAGGUGGUGCCUUAAACAAGCAUUAAUCUGUCUAUACCUGUAUUUUGAUUCUUCUUGUUAAUUCAAAAAGUUCCAACACCAGCUUUUCGAAUGCUUGGCCUUAAUGAAGAUCAAUAUGAAAACAUAUUGAAAGCAAAAAUCAUUUUGGAAUUAAACAGAAUAAAUUAUGGCUGAUUGGACUGCAAUGCGAAUUAACGAUUGGUGAUCCUUGACUUUUCUAAGUUCACAAUGUGGACAUGGAGCUACCCGCUCAAUUAUAUAUAUGUUAUAUAUAUAUGUUAUAUAUAUAUGUUUUGUGCUUUCAGUGCAUAUAUGCUAACGGAGAAGUCCGCGUAUUCAAUAAAUAUUGUAUUAAUAAGCACAACGUAAUUGUUAAAUAAUGGUGCGUCUGAAUAUUGAUGUGUGACGUCACGGACGGAGAAAUGUUCAAGGGAACGCAGUCUCAACUAAUUUUGCAAUAAGGUAGAAAAUGA